CCAUCACAUCUUUCUUGUCAGCACAAACUUCUCCAAAUAGCUCUCGCUGAAUUAGCAGCUCAAAACCCAAACUUCAAGUCCUUGAAAAAAGAAUUGGCAAUAUCGAUUGGAAUAGGAGUGAUUCGACAUGGACUUCCAGGGCGAUGCAAACCUUAAGGCCACUGAGCUUCGACUCGGGCUGCCUGGCACACUCAAUGAGCCUGCGAAGCAGUCACCACCUUCGAAGAGCAGCAAGAGGGCCUCCCUAGAGAUUUACGACGAAUCAAGUUCCAAAAAACGGGAAACUAGCUCCUCCGAUGUUGAUGAUCGAGACUCUACCGCUCCCCCCACCAAGGCCCAGAUAGUGGGGUGGCCGCCGAUCAGGUCAUACCGGAAAAACACUUUGCAGCCAAAGAAACAUGAUGCCGAUGCUUUGGGGACAUUCAUAAAAGUAAGCAUGGACGGGGCUCCUUACCUUCGGAAGAUCGAUCUCAAGCAAUACAAGAGCUACCCUGAACUCCUCAAAGCCUUGGAAAUUAUGUUCAACUUUAGUAUUGGCGACUGCUCGGAAAGGGAUUACUAUAUGGGAUCCGAAUAUGCUCCGACUUACGAAGAUAAAGAUGGAGAUUGGAUGCUUGUUGGAGAUGUACCGUGGAAUAUGUUUAUCUCAUCGUGUAAGAGGCUCCGAAUCAUGAGAGGACAGGAAGCUCGAGGCUUGACUUGUUUGUAGAACCGAGGAAUAAAAGAUAACCAAUUACGUAAGUAGAAAUGAGCUGAACGCCGUGCUUUUAACAGGAGAUCAGUGCAGAGCGGCAUGAAUAUAUAGCGAAAGAGAAAGUCUCUUUAAUUUUGUUCUCAAAAUAAGAAGCAGAACCCGAAGGCCCCGACCGACCAAAGCUCUCUCAUGGUUGAUACGAACUGGUUUCAGUGUCGAGAUUGUGGACCAAGCCUGGACAAGAAAGAAUUAGAAACAGCUGUAUUAGGCCACCAUGGUGAUCUUUGUCAUUGAAGAACAACAUUAACCAGUUCCCUUUUUUUUUUUUCUUUUUUUUUUUUCGGUGUAGUUGAAUGGGGGGCCAACCAAGGCCCUAUAACCAGGAAAAGGUUCUAGCCACUUGUAUACACGCACCACUCAUUCACAUAACGUUUUUUUUUUCACCUCCUUUCCCUUCCCGUAAUUGUAUAAAAAUGAAAACAAUAUUCUUUAU